UUCCCAGUCCACCCAUUUUUGUCGUGAGAAUAUGUUGCUUUAGUUUAGUGAUAUACCUCUCUCUCUCUCUCUCUCUCCCUCGCUUUUAUCGAAGAAGCAAAGCGCAAAGAAGCAGAAAAUGGGUUUUGCCAUGCAAUGCUCAAGCUAUAGCACUUGUAUUUCUAUUUGUGUUCCUCAUCGAUUCGCCCAAACCUCUCUCUCUUUUCACGCUUACCACUGGAACCGAUUCAAGAGUGCGCGAAGGAAUCAAAGGAUAACGGUUCUCUCUGGCGUGGACGAGCGAAGCUCCAACCUAGGUUCCGAGAGGAAAAGAAAAAUUGUGGAACACGUUUGUCUACUCAAGGCAAAGCAGGAUUUGUCUGAAGAGGAAGAGAACGACAUGCUCGAUUAUUUGUACACAACGCAGUACCAAAUGGGCGGUGUUGUUGCAAUUUCAUUAGGGCGCGUUUCUGCUCCAAAUCCUGAGCGCUUCACGCAUGCUCUAUUUAUGCGGUUUCAGAAGAAGGAAAAUCUAGAAAAGUUUUACGAGAAUCCCUUCUACUUGAAGGUUCUCAAGGACCAUGUAAUGACUUACUGCCAUGGAUUAAUUAAUGUGGAUUAUGAAUCGGAAGUGGCAGAUGAAAUGCUUUCUAUAUUUCGCAAAGGAGAGGAGUUCAACCAUGGACUGGAGUUUGUGCUUCUGAUAUCAUUUAAUGAGGAUGCAUUGGGUAACCCAGCAGAACAUGCAUUGGCCUCUCUGGCAUUGAUGAUGUUGGAAUCUCCUUCCUUAGUAGUCCAAUUUACUCAAGGUUUGAAUCUUAGUCCAAGCUCUAAGGAGUAUACUCAUGGAGUUGUGAUACGAUUUCGUUCAGUUGAGGCAUUUGAGAUAUUUGUAAACAGCAAAGAGUACAAAGAUGUAUGGCUGUCUAAGUUCCAGCCUAUUGUCCACAAAUCUUUGUCUCUUCAUUUCUCUGUUGAUCCAGUGGGAACUGAAAUUAUGUAGUGAGGACGAUUUAUGGUUUUCAACAAGAGAUGCGGCUUGGUUUCCUCUUUAUAGAAAAAAGGAUGAGGGUUGUUUCCUGCCUUUUAUUUUACCUUAGAUGUUCUUUUGCCAGAAAUUAUGAAUAAUUGAAUAUAGUAUAACUGUAAAAGUGUCCGCAUGUUUUUGUGAUAUUUUGAAUUGUUUACUGUAUACGUGAAUAAUUGUAUGUGUUUGCCUAGACCUGCUAUCUAUAUAUUGCUUUGGUAAAAUAUUGCUAUUUAAUUUCAAAAUUA